UACGUCACCAGCAUGCGCCUCUGCUGGCAGAAAUAGCUAAGUAUCAGCUCGGUGCGGGCGGAAGUCCCGGAUCAUGCUGCUCUUCUGUCCGACCUGCGGGAACGUGCUGAUAGUAGAGGAGGGGCAGAAAUGUUACCGCUUCGCCUGUAACACGUGUCCGUACGUGCACAACGUCACCCGCAAGGUAACAAGCAGAAAAUAUCCUAAGCUGAAGGAGGUAGAUGACGUACUAGGAGGGUCAGCUGCGUGGGAAAACGUGGACUCAACUGCAGAAAAGUGUCCUAAAUGUGAACAUCCUCGUGCGUAUUUCAUGCAAAUCCAGACCAGAUCAGCUGACGAACCUAUGACAACGUUUUACAAGUGCUGUAACCCGCAGUGCGGCCACAGAUGGCGAGAUUAAUUUGUAUUCCCGGACUUCUUCCUUUGUAUGAAACAUAAAUAAAUGACUUCUGUUUUUUCAGUGUAAGUUUAAUGCUCCAUAUUUUAUUUUAUUUCGUUCAUGUAAAAAUACUUCGUUUUCUAGUAUUCGUAUUUGCUGUUUUCCUUUCUCUUUGCUCCUGGAGUUUUUUGUUCUGUAUAUAAAAUAUUCUUUGUAAACCAA